AUGUUAUCAGUUGUAGUGACUGUGGCUGAACCACAUAUGGAGCUCAAUCAAGAAACUAAACAGUUGAAUGGAGAGAAAUUAUCGCCAAAGAAAGAGCAGAUUCCUGCGGGAGAACAUGAAGAACAUGGUCUUACCAGUGCUAAUACAAGUGAGGGUACUGUUACUUCAGUUUCUGGUGGUGAGGAACUCGAUGUUGAUAUUGUUGAAUCUGAUGAAAACAACAUAUCAUCCACGGAGGAGGACCCGAACGCUACUGAAUACUCAAGCUCGUUUUCUGACACUGCAUCUGAAAAUGCUGACAUGUUGUGUAAUGGAUUAACUGAAGAAGCUGAGGUUGAAUCUCAUUAUUGGGAUGAAACCGAUUUAGGACCUGCGUAUGAUUCAUUUAGCAGCGUUUUUCAUUUUAGGAAGAAAAAGCUAACAAAUCACUGGAAGAGCUUUAUCCGGCCACUGAUGUGGAGAUCCAAGUGGGUUGAGUUAAGGAUUAGAGAACUAGAGUCUCGGGCAUUAGAAUAUUCCAAAGAGCUUGAAACAUAUGAUCAAGAAAAGCUUGGAGCUAAUAUUGAUCCAUCUUUGUUGGAAACUUGUGGCGAGGGGAUUAAGUCGUUGCCUUUUUCUAAUCCGUGUUACAGAAAAAGAGCAGCAAAGAGGAGAAGAAAACGUAAGAAGGUGGAAAGCACGGACGAUAUAACUUCAUAUAUGUCCAAUCACAACCUCUUCUCUUAUAUCGAGACCAAGAGAUUGAACUCAGAUGGUAUAGCAUCGGCUGAUGACUUUGGUGUUGCGAAAGAUCCACAGGAUGAUUCAAAGAACCGGGUAGAUUUAGAUGACGAUGAUUCACUUUUUUAUCACCGAGAAGGGGAUAGCGUCUUAGAAGAGGUUCUCUGGAAAAUCGAGCUGGUACAUUCGCAGGUUUAUAGACUGAAAACCCAAGUUGAUGUUGUGAUGUCCAAGAACGCAGCAAGAUUCUCCUCCUCUGAGAAUCUGAGCCUUCUAGCUGCAAGUUCUGCGCCUAGCCCAACGGGUUCAGCUGGAGGAAAUGGAGAUGUGAUCUCUAUUGGAGCAAUUUACAACUCUUCUCAGCAUAUGCCAGAUUAUGUUCUUGGAGACUUAGUUUUCUCAUCUGAAGGAGUGAUUUCGAGCUACGGAGAUGCUUUUCAUAUUCCUGACAUAAUCGAAAGCACUGUUGGUCUUUUCGCCGAUGCAGAUGUUACAUUACAUCACCCCCAAAUUGGAGAUUCUUGUGAAGAUAUUUUGGAUAAUAUCUUGAUUCGAAAUGGAGUGGCUGAAGAAAUGAAUGCUGAUUUGAUGGAAGAAGAUGAGAAAGCAGAGGAAGGUGAAGGAACUAGUGUGCCGCCAUUGCAACAAAUUCAAGAAACAGAACAAGAUCAACAAGAAGAGAAAUCUUUGGUACUACUAGGCGGUGAAGAUUCGGUUCUUAGAUCAUGUUUAGCUUCAGAGAUGCUUGUUGUUCCAAGGAACAAAAGGACAAGAGGUGGAGAACGUAAAGCGAGUUCUUGGUGCAAGAAACAUCUCAGUGAUCCUGAAAGCCAGUGA